AUGACGGAUAGACAUCAGGGCAUUAUUAAAUCCGUGCCGAAGUACUUUCCUGAUUCUUACCACUCAUAUUGUAUACGUCAUGUGAAAGAAAACUUCAAGAAUCAGGUCCUUGUCCAUUAUCGUGCAGCUGAGAGAAAGAGGCUCAUUGAUUUACUAAAUGCUGCUGCCUAUACACCAAGGCUUACUGUAUUCCGAAAGCUAAUUGCAAAGCUUACAUCAGAAGCCCCUGGUGCUACCACCUUUCUCCUACAUGCAAAGCCGGAGCAUUGGGCGAAUGCUGUAUUUCCAGGUCCACGCUGGGGCAUCAUGACAUCGAAUGUGGCAGAGUCUUUUAAUAGUUGGGUCCUGGAGGCUCGUCAUCUCCCUGUGCCUCAGAUGGUUUACCAUAUAAGGAUCCAAAUAAUGCAGAUGAUGCAUGAACGCCGUAAUCGAGGAUAUAGCAUUCAAUCUCAACUGUGUCCUGAUGCGGAGAAAGUGUUGCAAAAAAAUGCAGAAGAUGGUCGGAGAUUAGCUGUAUUUACGUCCAACAUAAUGAUAUAUGACGUAAAGGAUACCAACUACUCAUGCAAAGUUGACCUGCAUAUGUGUAGCUGCUCUUGUGGCUUCUGGCGAAUCUUCCGCAUGCCAUGUAAGCAUGCUUGUGCAUGCAUCGAGAAGGACGGCAGAUCACUAUACCAAUUCACCGACAAUUGCUUCCAAGCUGAAUUGUAUAGAGUAACAUAUGCCGAAGCAAUCAGUCCAAUUUCUGACAUGGAGAAAUCCCAAAGUGCCUCUGAAGAGAUUCACAUUCUACCCCCUAUAAGAAAGACACGUCCUGGCAGGCCUAAAAAGAAGAGAAGACCUUCGCAAGUGGAGUCAGUACGUGAAAUGAGAUGUGGACGAUGCGGGAAGGUUGGGCACAAUAGAAGGACUUGUAAUGAGGUCAUCAAGUAA